UUUAAAAUGAAUGACAAUAAAAGACACAUUGCUGUGAAUCCUUCUCAAAAUACUCUUUCGUUCACACUUAUCCCAUCGUUUUUGCCGUUUUUGAAGCUCCUCUUUUGUCACAAAGUGUGAUCGAAGAUACUGUGAAUGCUGCUGUCAAGUUCCAUCCAACAGAAAGGCAGUGUGAAAGCCUCAUGGUGUGUCCCCAUCCAGCCCAUCCACCGUACUCACCAGACCUGGCACUGCGUGGCUUCUGCUCUGCCCUGAAAUCAGAAUGACCGUGAAAGCAACCACUUGUUCAGAAGACCAUCCUGUCUGUGAUGAAUUACACUGGUACCCAUUUAAAAAUCAGAUGGUCAGACUUCUAGAGGCUGCGCUCUUACACCGUCGACUUCAGCAAAAAUGGGCCACUUCCAUCAGAGACCGAGCGGUGCUGGCCCAAAUGCCUGACUGCCACUCACCUCCAGAGAUACAGGUGACUGAGAGGUGGCAGCGACAGAAGAGGAGACUCUCCUGGCCAAGGCCCUGGUCCAUGGAGAGAAGGAAGGAGGCAGUUUCUUAAUUGGUGCCAUAUACAUCAGAUGGAUGGUUUCUAGCCUGCUUCCACGCCCCACCUCAGCUGAGUGCUGGGCAGCACUUCUGCAUGAGCCUAUGACGCUUGAUAUGGACGCAGUCCUGUCAGACUUUGUUCGGUCCACGGGGGCAGAACCUGGUCUGGCCAGAGACCUGCUGGAAGGCAAAAACUGGGACCUAACAGCUGCUCUAAGUGACUAUGAACAACUCCGACAGGUGCACACAGCCAACCUGCCACAUGUGUUCAAUGAAGGGAGGUGCCCCAAGCAGCCUGAACGAGAGCCACACCAGCCUGGACACAAGGUGGAGCGGCCCUGCCUGCAGAGGCAGGACGACAUCCCCCAAGAAAAGCGACUUUCCCGGGGGAUUUCACACGCCAGCUCAGCCAUCGUCUCCCUGGCCCGGUCCCAUGUGGCCAACGACUGCAACAAUGAGCAGUUCCCCCUGGAGAUGCCCAUCUACACAUUUCAGCUGCCGGAUCUGAGUGUGUACAGUGAGGACUUCAGGAGCUUCAUCGAGCGGGACUUGAUCGAGCAGGCCACCAUGGUAGCUUUGGAACAGGCCGGUCGCCUGAACUGGUGGUCCACCGUGUGCACGAGCUGUAAACGGCUUCUUCCUCUGGCCACAACAGGGGAUGGGAACUGCCUGCUACACGCGGCCUCACUGGGAAUGUGGGGUUUUCAUGAUCGAGACCUGGUUUUGCGGAAAGCCCUGUACACCAUGAUGAGGACGGGCGCAGAGCGAGAAGCCCUGAAGCGGAGGUGGAGGUGGCAGCAGACGCAGCAGAACAAGGAGUCAGGGCUGGUGUACACCGAGGAGGAGUGGGAGCGAGAGUGGACGGAACUGCUUAAGCUGGCCUCCAGUGAGCCGCGCACGCACUUCAGCAAGAACGGCGGCACAGGCGGUGGAAUGGACAACGCCGAGGACCCCGUGUACGAGAGCUUGGAGGAGUUCCACGUCUUUGUCUUGGCCCACAUCCUAAGAAGACCCAUCGUCGUCGUGGCAGACACGAUGCUGAGAGACUCGGGUGGGGAAGCGUUCGCGCCCAUCCCCUUCGGGGGCAUCUACCUCCCCUUGGAGGUCCCUCCCAACAGAUGCCACUGCUCGCCUCUGGUUCUCGCCUAUGAUCAAGCGCAUUUUUCGGCUCUUGUGAGCAUGGAGCAGAGAGACCAACAGAGAGAACAAGUGAGCAAACUGGCCCAGCUGCGUGCCUGCCUGGACAUAGCAAUGGGGAAAAUACAUGACAGUGCCUAUUACGGGAUGUAAUGGAUGAGUGUGUGGUGGCAAAAAGGUUUUAGAAACCAGAAAGAACCUUAAAAAUGAGACACUGCCUUUAUUGUCUUUGCGAUUGGCCUCCCUUCUCUUGAGCUACUUUCUACGUCUGCCAGGUGCCCAGAAAGGUAGGGUCAGGAUGGAACAUCCAGACUUUUAGCUCACAGCGCAGGCCAGAGGGACUCCAGCAGCAGGCGGCUCCGUGGUGAGGAGUCUUUCACCUGGCUGGGGGUCUUUCACCAGUGCCUGGGACCUUAGGUAUCGCUCUGAAAUGACCAAAUCAGACAGACAUGAGAACGAGCUGUGGCUGACGGGACUGUGUUCAGAUGCCAGCCUUCCCCUUGAGUCCUGCGCCCCAGAGCAGGCACAGACACGGGGCUCCCCCUGUGGACACCUCAGUCUCUGUCGACCCCCCAUUACUGA